UUGCCAUUUUAAUAUUGUGGAAACGAUAUAUACAGUGCAUCUCGAAAUUAUUCACUGCUUAAUUUGUUCCAGAUUUUCGAUCCUGGAACCAGUCUCCUGGAGUGGGGCUGGACUCUGUCUGAGUCUGGAGUUGCCCCUGGUGAGAGGUGGUGAGAUGGGGUGGGUAUCUUGGUAUCCCCUCAGCUUGCUGCCUGUAUGUUGGGGUUUCUCCCAGUGGACGAGAGGGUUUGUUCCCUGCACCUCCAGGUCGGUGAAUAGGUUCUGACUGUCGUCUGCGCUUAUGCGCCGAGUGGCGAUUCAGAGUACCCAGCCUUCUUGGAGUCCCCUGAGUGCGAUACUGGAGGGUGCUCCACCUGGGGACUCUGUUGUCUUACUUGGAGACUUCAAUGCUCACGUGGGCAAUGACAGCGAGACCUGGAGGGGCUUGAUUGGGAAGAACGACCUCCUAGAUCUGAACCCAAGUAGUGCUUUGUUAUUGGACUUCUGUGCAAACCACAGUUUGGCCAUUUGGCUGAAAACCACGUUCAAACAUAAGAGUGUCCAUAAGUGCACGUGGCACCAGGACGCUCUAGGCCGUAGGUCGAUGAUCGAUUUUGUAAUCGUAUCACCAGACCAUAUGUUCUGGACACUCAGAUAAAGAGAGAGACUGAGCUGUCAGUUGAUCACCACCUGGCGGUGAGUUGGAUCAGGUGGCGGGGGAGGACACUGGACAGACCUGGCAGGGUGUGCUUAGAACACCUCGCAGACCCAUUCCGUGGCAUCUUCAACGUCAAAAUGACUGAACAUACUCACAUAGAGAGAAAACUGUCUUUUUGCAACUACAGGCCUACUUAAACACAAAAAUAUUAGUGACAAAUUUCAGUCUGGCUUUAAACCACACCAUAGUACCAAAACGGCUCUGCUGAGGGUCUUUAAUGAUCUUCUUUUAAUUGCUGACUCAGGUCUCCCCGCUGUUUUAAUUUUAUUGGAUAUGUCCUCAGCUUUCAAUAUGUUGGACCAUAAUAUUCUUUUAAAGUGGCUAGAACAUGCUGUAGGCAUUAAGGGUUCUGCCCUUAACUGGUUUCAAUCCUAUUUUUCAGAGAGGUCUUUUUCUGUGACGAUGGGAUGUUACUCGUCCACCGUGAACCCUCUUUUUUGUGGUGUGCCUUGAAGAGAUUCUGGCAAACUCAGUGGCAGGGCCCCUUGAGUGGAUGAGGUUCACCCUGCAGGUUGUAGAGCUGUCUUUGUUUACAUGCCUCUACAAUGUUGCGUGGAGAUCAGGGGUGGUACCUUUGGAUUAGCAGACCGGAGUGCUGGUUCCCAUCUUUAAGAAAGGGGACCGGAGGGUGUGUUCUAUGCCAGGGUGCUGGAAAGGAGAGUGCAGGAGAGUUCCCCCGUAUAAGCUGGAGGAGGUGGUUGGGGAGAGGGAGGUCUGGGUUUUCUGCUUAGGCUGCUGCACCCACGACCCAGCCCUGGAUAAGCAGAAGAAGAUGGGUGGAUGGAUGGAUUUUAUCACAUUACAGCCUUAUUCCUAAAUGGUCUAAAUUUAUUUUACAUCUCAAAAUGGUACACAUAUUAUCCCAUAAUGGCAUAAAAAUGAGCGAAGAUUGCUUGAAGUUGUGCAAGUUUAUUAAAAAUCCAAAUUAAAAGUAUAAGAUGUACAUAAGUGUUCACAGCUUUUGGCAACUUCUUGAGUAUGGUGCUACAGGCUUACCAAACCUAAUUUUGGGCAGUUUCUCCAAUUUUUCUUUGCAGAACAUCUCAAGCUCCAUCAGGGAGUAUCGCUACAUAGCCAUUUUCAGAUCUUUCGUGAAAUGUUCAAUCGGGUUCAAGUGUGAAGAAAGCACAAAGCAAAGAUUAAAGCCAGCAUAAAGAGACUUUACAGCGGUCACCAUGGGUUUUCCUUCGGUCUCUACAGUAAACGCCUGCUUGGUGGUGUACUGCACAAAUGGUUGUCCUUCUGGUAGUUUCUUCUCUCUCCAUAGAGCAAUGUCGGAGCUCUGUUAGAGUGACCAUCGGGUUCUUGGUCACCUCCCUGAUUAAGACCCUCCUACUCCAAUCGCUCAGAUUUGCUGGGCAGCCAGCCUAGUGGUUUCAGAUGUUUUCCAUUCACAGAUGUCCCCAUAAGCAGAUGUCACGUGCUUAUGGGGACAUUCAAUGGUGCAGACAUUUUUCUUUACCCUUCCCUAAAUCUUGGACUUGAUAAACUCCUGUCUCAAAAGUCUGCAGACAAUUUCUUGAGCUUCAUGGUUUAGUGUGUGCUCUGACAUGCACUGUCAGCUAUGGGACCAUAUAAAUAAGUCCUGAUGAGAUACUUGUGUCCUUUAAACUAAAACAGUGGUACUGGUUGUUACAUACAUGUUAUGAACUAACAUACCAUAAUUAUAACAACCACAGUGUCCUCUGCUGUUUAGUUUCUCAUUACCCACAAAAAUACCAAAACUCACUAUGACAUGCUGUUUCCACUUUUCUUCUGAUUCUACAGACUCAAGAGUGACCAUAUAAGCAGUGAUCACUCAAGUGUGCUACUCUCCAUUCUUGAGUCAGCAGACUCUUGCUUAAGAGAGUUACAUCUGGUGUGCUUUUCCAACGUCAGUGAUGGUUUUCUUUAUGAUCUUUUUGCUGUACUGCAAAGUCCGGACUGUAAGCUGGAGACACUGAGGUUAUCUGGGUUUUCUCUAAACUUUAGGAAUUGUCACAUUCUGACCUCUAUCCUUCAAUCAAAACAAUCACCUCUGAAGGUCCUGGACUUGACUAACUGCAUGUACAAUCAUCCAAAGGACGACAGUGGAUAUUAUACAAGAGAGUUGAAAAUAAAUGAAAACUAUGAAGAUUUCAUUGAUGAAUUAACUCUGUUGACUGUGAUUCCUUCUGCUUUGAUCGGUCCAAUCUGCAGACUGGAGCAGUUCAGCAUGCCUGGCUGUUACCUGAAAAAUAAGUGCUGUCAGGUGUUUGCUUCAGUUCUCAGCUCCAACUCCCAGUUGAGGCAGCUUGACCUCAGUUGCAAUGACUUGCAGGAUUCAGGUGUGCAACUGCUCUCUGUUGGACUUGGGAGUUCAAAAUGUAGUCUGGAAACACUGAGGCUGUCAUGUUGUGGGAUCACACAGGAAGGGUGUGUCUUUCUGGCCUCAGCUCUGAAGUCCAACCCCUCCCACCUGAGAGAGCUGGACCUGAGCUACAACCAUCCUGGCGUGUCAGGAGUGAAACUACUGUUGGAGCGACUGAACGACCCAGAAUGUAGCCUGGAAACACUCAAUGUGGACCACAAUGAAGAGCACUGGGUCGACCCACAGCUUCUGAACAAGUAUGCCUGUGAUCUCACAUUCGACCCCAACACUGUGAAUGAAAACCUCCUCCUGUCUGAAUGUGACAGGAAAGUGAGCUACACUCAGGAAAAGCAGUCGUAUCCUGAUCAUCCAGAGAGAUUUGACCAAGUGAAGCAGGUGCUGUGUCGAGAGGCUCUGACUGGGCGCUGCUACUGGGAGGUGGAGUGGGAAUCAUUUGUGUAUAUUGGUGUUGCAUAUAAGAGCCUACCGAGGAAGGGACACUGGGACACAGCAACUUAUGUCAGCAAGAAGAGCUGGUGUUUCAGUAUCAACUCUUCAAACGGUUACUCCUUCCGACACGGGUUGAGGGAAACUUUUAUACCGGUCCCGUAUAUCGACGUCCAAGCAUUCCUGACCAGACGCAAGAGACUGGGACUGUUUCUGGACUGGCCAGCUGGCAUUCUGUCCUUUUAUUGGCUUUCUGGUGACAAAAAAACUCUCAUUCAUACCUUCCACACCACUUUCAGCGAGCCUCUCUACGCAGCAUUCAGUGUUUAUCAUGGAAAUUUGACCCUGUCCAGGGUGGUGAAGCUGGAAAUGAAAACUGCUCGAUCAAGCUUCACACCUGAGAUGAAAAAAGAGAGAACAGGCAUUUCAUACAGGUUCCUGUUUCCCGGUCCAGGGUUGUUCCAGUGUUCUUUGACUGGUCUGGUCUUUGAUGUGACUGGUGAGAGUGAGGUCACCUACAAGACUCUGAUCUGGGAUCCUCUGGUUCUCCAACCAGCGCACAAAGUGGCCGGAGGCCCGCUGUUCGGCAUCGAGUGUCCUCAGGACUCUAUACGUCAGCUGCACCUCCCACACUGUGAACCUGAGCCGGCACUGGUCUCUGACAGCAUCUCCGUGGUCCACAUCACGGAUGAUGGCCUGAGCAUCAUACAGCCUGUGGAGAUCACUGAAACUCACGUGGUCGUGGACGUCCCUCACCUCUCUGCCUUUGGCCUCGUCUGGGAUCUCACUAAGCGUUUUUUCAAUUACAUGACGAAACCCGUUCGUGGCCAAGUCCUGCUCUUCCUGAGAAACAGGCCACGCCCCAUCCUCAGUGUGAUGCUGCUCCCAGCAAACGUCCCUCUGCACGACGUGAAAGUGCAGCACGCUGCUUCAGAGUACAUCGAAGCGCCGUCCUUCUGUUAUUUCCACAAAGGUCAAAAGUACAGUCUGAGCAGCGCCCCGCACCACUUUAAAAUACAGCCUGCACGUGCAGAGUUUUUUGAAAAUUACGGACCAAAUUACCACCCGACCUUUGAGAUCAUCCUGACAACGAACGCAGAGGAAGUGAUGCUGAUGGUGCAAGAUCCCGAGGAGACACGAGUGUGGGAGCAUGACCUUCAUCUGCCCGCUUCAUCCUCGGCUGAUUCUCCAGGUGGAGGUCCUCUUCAGAUGGGGAACGGCGCCUCAGCAGAGAAGCUGCGACUCGCUCGCACAAACUUCAUUGAUAAAGUGUCGGAUCCGGUUCUGAACAAGCUGCUGGACGAGCUGCAGCACGUCACCGUGCUCACUGAUGCUGAGGGCGAAGCGGCCAGAGCCAAACCGAGAGGCGAGAAAGCUCGAGACCUGAUCGACAUGGUGCGAAAGAAAGGAGCUGAAGCAAGUUCAAAAAUGAUCGCCGUCUUUUAUGCCAACGAUCCGUAUCUGUGCAAAGAGCUCGGCUUAGUGUGAAGCACAAAUCUGUGAAUUAGACACGAACAAAGAGACUCGAUGAACUAAAAUUUCCUUUCUUUCUUCUUAGAAUCACGAUGAUGUUUCCACUGAUUACACUUCUUAGAAAGCAGAUGAGCUUAGACACGUGA